GCGAAACCGUAGGGUGAGCGCGCGCGCCCACGCACUCAAAGGUAAACUAAUGAUAGCGACCAGAAUCUGGUGUAUUUCAUGGCGUGCGUGUCUUUCUUUCCAGUACUGCCUCUCGAACACCGCAUCCAACAUGAAAGUACUUCGCCCCGGAGAAUCGCCAGGACGAUGGAAGUAUAUGAUCAUCGUAGGUGCAGCCAUCGUUAACUUCUUCAACACCGGUACGGCCAAGUCGUUCGGCGUGCUCAUUUCCGACCUCGCAGAGGACUUGGACACCGGUGUGUCCAUCCUUGGAUUUGGGAUUGGAAUGUGUCACGGCGCAGCAGUCGGAUUAACAUUCUUGACACGCCCUCUCCUGAAAAAGACGACGUGUAGAGUACUAACGAUGAUCGGUGGAUGUGUGUCUGGUUUCGGCUUCUGUAUCUGCUCGAUCAGUGGCAAUGCUGCUCUAUUCACCAGUGGGAUAGCGGUGGCAGGAUUCGGUUACAGUUUUAUGAUCAUCUCAAACGUCGUCAUCGUCAAGACCUACUUUCCAGACUCUUUCCCAAUCGCCAUAAGCUUCAGUUUAUCCACCGGUGCCGUCGGGAUGAUGCUGAUACCUGUCAUAACGGAGAAACUUGCAAACAUCUACGGAUGGCGAGGCUCGCUUCUGCUCAUUGCAGCCAUGAACUUCCAUAACGUCCUGGCAGGAGCCCUCUUUAGACCACUUACAUCAACUCGGCACAAACAUUCCUACUCUACAAAACACGAUGGUACUGCUGAUAGUGCCAGAGAAAGAAGGACAGUAGAGAAUUCAAACAGCUUCAGGAGUGAUGAGAAGACUACAUGCAGAGGCCAAUAUUCUCCUGUAAAUGCACCCGAACAGGGAUGUUCAGAAAACAAAGAAACACAGUCGGGAGCGAACUUCGGUCUCGAUUCCAAGAAAAGGAUGACCGUAAGACAGAAUUGCGAACAGAGCUUGGGUUUAAGUGAGUGUGAUGAUGAAAUAUCUGAAAAGAAUCGGCUGAUUCCUAAGGGGCAGUCGAGGGCACCUGGCAAUUUUACGAGCGGGUCUGUCGAAGAGGAGUCCGAAGCGACAACGGAGGACAGUGGUUGCAUGAGGAGAUUGAUCGAACUGUUUGAUUUGAGACUGCUAUAUGAUUUUCCUGCCUUAAACCCAAUAAUGAUUGCUGGACUGUUGUCUGGGGCGACCACCACAGGCUGGGUGGCUUUUUUGUUGCCGAACGCUCAGGAGAAGGGAUACAAUAUGGAUAAAGCCGUAUUGCUUGCUUCAGUAGGAGGUCUUGGGAACUUCAUUGGUCGAUUUUGCAUCGGCUACAUGCUCGGUAAGUGGACCACUGCGAGGACCAUGUUCAUCGUCUGCAAUCUCAUCUGCGGUGCAGCCUUCUGUCUGGACUACGUCACGACCACGUUCUGGGGUCUGUCCAUCCUGUCGGCGUUAAACGGAUCAACCAUCGGGGCUAUGACUGUUCUUAUUUCCCUGAUGAUUGAGGAGAUCGUUGACGAGUCGAGAUUCACCUCAGGGGUUGCUCUGGCUUAUUUCUUUCUAGGACUUGGUGAAAUCGUCGGAGGUUUAUUCGCAGGAUGGCUGUACGACAUCAGCCACACUUACGUCAUCGCCUUUAUCGCCUUGGGAGUGUUAAAUGUCCUGGGAGCUCUUCUGACGGCGAUUGUGACCUUCCUUCCGUGCUCUCUAUUCCGAAAUCGACAUCUGGAUGAUGAAGAAUAAAGUGUCGCAGGUUUGCAGGUUUGCGCCAGCGGUAAUUGGCGCGGUCUGUGACGCAUUGCGGGGGGUUUGCAUCAUUACAAAAGUAGAUGCAAAUGAACAGUGCAAUCGUCGGCUUUGAAUUACUAGUCCACACUGUGGGUUACAUACUGUGAGACUUUAUGUGAAAACGCUCUUACAUACUGUGUAACUUGGGUGAAACUCCAUGUGUGAACACCGUCCCAUACUGUGUAACACAGCGUGGAACAACACAGUGUGGAACUCUUUAUGAAGAAAAAAUAUGUGCCCUACUGUGUAACAAUUACAGUAUAAAACUUUAUGUAAAAACACUCAUACUCUAUGUGAACACACUAUCCCACACUGUGUAAUAUAUUCUGAGAGUCUUUGUUAAAAAGCUAUACCACACUAUAUAACACAGUGUGGGAAUAUUUGAAAACACUUUUCUAUACUGUGUAACUUGUGUGAGAUUACAUGUGAAAACACCGUCCCACACUGUGUACCAGUGUGGGACUCUAUAUGGAGAACAAACUAUUCCAUACUGUGUGACAAUCACAGUCACAGUAUGGAACUUUAUGUGAAAACACUAUUUCUAUGUGAACACACUAUCCCACACUGUGUUAUGUAUGGUGAGAGUCUUUGGGGGAAAUACCACUCUAUGUAACACAGUGUGGGACUAUUCAAAAACACUCUUCCAUACUGCAUAACUUGGGUGAGACUCCAUGUGUGAACACCAUCCCACACUGUGUCACACAGUGUGGAACUAUGUAUGAAGAAAAAUAUAUGCCAUGCUGUGUAAUUAUUGUAGGAGUCAAUGUGAGAACACUAUAGCACUCUAUGUAACCCAGUAUUACAGUAUACAGUAUUCUGUACUAUGUAAUACAGAAUGGGACGACUGUGAUAUUCCCCACUAUGGAACAGUUUGUGAGACUCUAUGUAAAAACGAUAUUCCACACUUUGGAACUUUGUAUCAAAAUAUAUUUCAAUCAUGGAUGUAAAAAUGGUAAACACAGAAUGUAAUGGCGUUUUCAUACAGAGUCUCAAACCUUUUUUUCUUUUUUUUCCACAAUAUGGAAUAGUGUCUUCACAUAGUCUCACACUGUGUAACAGAGUGAGGAAUUGAAAUUUUCACAUAGAGACUCAUGACGUGGGUAUGUAAGUCAAGCCUAUCUAUAAUCAUUUGUAUCAGCUUUAUCAGUGGACAAUGGGUUUAACAUGGACAGUUUGAGUGCAACUAAAUGAAAUUUAGUUUAAAUGCUUCAAUACAUAAUUAUCUUUUAUCUUAUUUUAUAAUAUAUCACAAUUUACUUUUAUAAUGUAUCACAAUUUACUUUUAUAAUCUCGGGGAAAGUUCGGUCUUUUACUAAAUAUGUAUUCUCCAUUUUUAUUCAGUUUUAAUUAUGUCUUUGUUUGAUUGUAAUGGUAUAGUAGCUAUUUCUACAAAAGCCUAUCUUUUAGCGAAUGCAGCUAAGACCAGCUGAUAUUGAUUUUGAUUAUUAUUUAAUAUACUUAUGCUGCUUUUAAAAGGACAAAUAUAAUAUCAUCUCCGUUCCGUUAAUGUUAUUGAUACGUGUGCUGAAAAACUGAAAAACUGAAACUGAACUGCAGCUGAUAUACACGUAUAGAUCGACAUCUGUUCUCAAGUUAUGUCCUGGGAUUGUGAUUGUGCACCUGAUUUAUGUUUGGUCUUACCGACAAUUUGUUUAGAUAUUUAUUUACAAUUAAUUUAAACGCAGCUGGAGUUUUGAUAAGCGAUUAUACAAGUAAAUUGUGAUAUAUUUUAAAAUAAGAUAAAAGAUAACUGAACUGCAACUGAUAUACACGUAUAGAUCGACAUCUGUUCUCAAGUUAUGUCCUGGGAUUGUGAUUGUGCACCUGAUUUAUGUUUGGUCUUACCGACAAUUUGUUUAGAUAUUUAUUUACAAUUAAUUUAAACGCAGCUGGAGUUUUGAUAAGCGAUUAUAAAAGUAAAUUGUGAUAUAUUUUAAAAUAAGAUAAAAGAUAACUGAACUGCAACUGAUAUACACGUAUAGAUCGACAUCUGUUCUCAAGUUAUGUCCUGGGAUUGUGAUUGUGCACCUGAUUUAUGUUUGGUCUUACCUACAAUUUGUUUAGAUAUUUAUUUACAAUUAAUUUAAACGCAGCUGGAGUUUUGAUAAGCGAACUGUACAAACAUCAAAAUUACUAUUUUCCGGUGUCAGUGUUGUAGUUGUACACAGUUAAAAUUUUUGUGAACCAGUUGUUUAAAAGUUUAAACAACCUCGGAUUUACGGGUGACCU